AUGCAGGCAGCAAAACUGCAGGCUCAGCAAGCCACUAAUUCCACAGAGAUGCCACCAUCACCACAGCAGCCAGACACAACACUUUUUUUCCCGUCAUUCAGUGAGAAUUCAUAUUUAGAACUUCCUUCUGUAACGUCUCUGACUGGAAUUAGUUUUGCAACAGGGCAAGAAAUGAACACAAUGAUGAUCUACUUGACAGUGAAGACAUCAGCUUCAAAGGGCACUCUUCUUUAUAAUUUUUCCCAGCUCUUGGGAGUUAUUCAUCAUAAUGGCAGUAGACCACAAAUGAGUGAUGAGGAUGCUGGAGAUCACUUUCUUCACCUAUACCUUGUGGAUGGAAGACCUACAGCACAAUUUGGCUGUGGUCCUUCGCAAGACAUCCUGAUGGUGACUGCCAAUUCCUCCAUUAGCAAAAAUGCCCUUGCACCUGUCACAAUAAGCUAUAGGUUGCCUUUCGGCAGUGCUGAUGGUUGCUGCAUGAUUGAAAUUACCACAAAUGAAAAUUCACCAGUGCGUCAGGAAGUCUUUCUGAUGCAUCAACUGACUGAGGUUGCCUUUGGAGCCAUAUUCCUUGGAAAUGUCCCUGAUCCCAUUAAGAUUCAUCCAAGUGCUGGGCAGAUUUAUGGCUUCAGAGGCUGCAUUCGGGAGUUCCAAGUGAACAACAAAGAAUUGUUUGUCAUAGAUGAGGCCAUGGGAGGAAAGAACAUUGAGAACUGCAAUGUCCCUGUCUGUGACUAUCAUCCAUGCCGCAAUGGAGGCACUUGCACAAGUGAUACAGAGAACUGGUUCUGUGAAUGCCCUGCACUCUACUCUGGGAAAUUAUGUCAGUUUUCAAACUGUGAGAAGAACCCAUGUGGGAGCGGAGCCACAUGUUUUCCAAAAUCCAACCAAGACACCGUGUGCCUUUGUCCCUAUGGAAGAACUGGGAUUCUCUGUCAUGAUGCUAUUAAUAUUACUUCUCCUAGCUUCAGUGGUACAGAUGCCUUUGGCUAUACUUCAUUCCUAGCUUAUUCAGCGAUUCCAAAUAUCAGCCUCUACUACAAAUUCCAUCUGAAAUUUCGGUUGACAAAUGACAACUCAUCACUUCAAGAUAACCUGAUAUUUUUCACUGGGCAGAAGGGCCAAGGUCUCAACGGUGAUGAUUUCCUGGUGUUAGGCCUGCACCAUGGCAGUGUGGUAUACAGCUACAACUUGGGAUCUGGAACAGCCACUAUUAUUAGUGAGCCGAUAAAUACGACGCUUCAUGUUCACAUGGUCAGCCUUGGCAAAUCUCUUCAGACUGGAUGGCUUAAGGUGGAUGAUGAUCAAAAUAAAACUGUUAUAUCCCCAGGAAGAUUAGUUGGGCUCAAUGUCUUCAGUCAGUUUUAUGUAGGAGGUUAUGUUGAAUACAUUCCAGAACUCUUGCCAAAUGGAUCCAAAUUUAAGAAUGGCUUUCAAGGUUGCAUUUUUGACAUUCAAGUUUGCACUGGAAGGGAUUCACAAUGCAAAGCACUGGGUAUGCCAGAGGGCCAUCCGAAUUCCGGCCGCAAUGUAGGCCAGUGUGACCAAUCUCCGUGCCAACUGAUAAACUGCAGGCAUGGAGGGACAUGUGUGGAAAGUGGCUCCACUGUUUACUGUCUGUGCCAUGCUGGAUGGAAAGGGGCACUUUGCACAGAGACAAUUUCUGUGUGUGAUCCUGAGCACAGCUCACCACAUAGAUGUAGGCAAGGUGCUACCUGCAUACCGCUGCCUGAUGGAUACAGCUGUCACUGUCCACUAGGAACUACCGGUGUCUACUGUGAACAAGCCCUAACCAUCAGUGAUGCAUCUUUCAGUAGCAACCACUCUUCUUGGAUAGCAUUUGAGUCCUUCAACAUUCGGCAUAAGGUUCACAUCCAGUUGCAAUUCCAGCCCCUUCUGCCAGAUGGCAUCCUCUUUUACACUGCCCAGCACUUGAAUCCACGAUCAGGUGAUUUCCUAAGUAUCUCCUUAGUAAAUGGAUAUGUACAACUGCGCUACAACCUUGGCGACAGAACAAUAAUCUUACAGACUUUUCAAGACAUACACUUCACAGGUAGUGCCUGGCAUUUAAUUAAAGCAGGAAGAGUUGGUAACGAAGGCUAUCUGGACUUCAAUGGCAUCAAUAUAACCCAGAAAGCUAGCAAUGGAAUGACUGCACUUGACACGCACACAGAUUUCUACAUAGGGGGAGUGCCCUCUUUAAAUCUGGUUAAUUCAUUGGCAAUCGAGAAUGAGCCCAUUGGUUUUACUGGCUGCAUUCGAGAGGUUCUUGUCAAUAACCGAGAACUGAAACUGACCAAAAGGGGGGCAAAAGGUGGUUCUAAUGUAGGGGACUGUGAUGGAACUCCUUGUGGAUACAAAGUCUGUAAACAUAAUGGAAAAUGCAAAGUUGAAAACUCUGGUUUUUCUUGCUCGUGCCCAAAGAACUGGAUUGGGAAGACCUGUGAGCAAUCUAUUUACUGUUCACAUCGAAAGUGUCUGCAUGGAGCUAUUUGUAUACCAAAUCAUAGUUUACUCUCCUACAGUUGUGCAUGUAGACUUGGCUGGUCAGGCCGACACUGUGAAAAACAGAUCUCAUUUUUUAUUGCAAAAUUUAUGGGUAAUUCAUACAUCAAGUAUAUUGACCCAAAUUAUAAAAGAAGAGACCUCAGAUUUACUAGAGUAUCUUUCAAUUUUACCACCAAUGAGAUGGAAGGUUUAGUUUUAUGGCUAGGUAAGGCUGAAAAUGAAGAUAAUGAUUUCCUUGCAGUUGGUCUUGCAAAUGGCACUCUAAAAGUUGUAGUUAAUCUUGGAGAAAGAAUAUCUGUCCCUCUCACUCAUCACAGAAAAAACCUCUGUUGCAAUAAAUGGUACUAUGUCACCAUAGCACAAAACAAGACUCUCAUUAAGGUGUACCUUGAUGAGGAACUCAUUGUGUUUGAAGAUCUAGAUCCCAAAAGAAAAUACGUGGCUCUAAAUUAUGGUGGCACUUGUUAUUUUGGUGGAUUUGGGCUUGAUAGUACAGAAAACACUGUCACAUCAGGGCUUUUUAAACAGGGACUGGUUGGUAAAAUUAAAGACGUUGUACUCUUUCAGGAUUCUAAAAAGGUUGCAUUAAUUAUGGGAGAAGGCUAUAAUGUUUAUAGUGGAGAUAAGGGUUAAC